AGAUUUCGAUAUUGAUCCGUAGCGUUGGGGAUCCGCAUUCGAGGCAACAGAGGGGGACAUUAGGGAGGAAUAGACUCGGGCGAUCAAUGUAUUCGGUGCGCUUAAUCUUGCAUGUCCUUACCUUGCCGUUGCUCCCUACAUUGAUAGCCGGGUUUGCUAAGGUUUUCUGACAUCCCCAAAUGCCGUUGCCGAGCGAUAUUGACGAGAUGCGGAGGAGAUGAGAUGUCGCAUAGUAUGGUCGGGUCUGGUACUUGUAGCCCUGGUGGGAGAUGAGAUGCCAUGGUUCAUGGGUGUCUAUACAGAUGAACUUGCGGUCCAACUGCAGACUCUGUGGGCUUUCCCAGAAACAAGGACCGGGACGGCGGAACCGGAGGGUUUUCCAUCACUUCUCCCCAAAAUGAUGUGGUAUGAUCGCGGUGGGUUCAGUGGGAAAGGCUGUGGGAUCGUUGAUGAAGCAUGUAGAUUGCGACCUUGAGGGCAUUGCGUCCCUUUGCCGUCGUGAAUGGGCCCAUUGACAUGUCU